AUGAUUCGCUUCCUUCAGUCUAAUCUCAACCACUGCCGCGGCGCCCAAGACCUACCGUGCCAGGCGGUGGUUGAGAAGGCGACGGACGUCGCGAUCAUCAGCGAGCCGUACGAGAGGUCCAUUGCAGAGAACGCCCGCUGGACGCUGGACCGGACGGGGAGAGCUGCCCUGGGCGUGUUCAACGGUGACCUCACGGUGUGCGACGUCGAGCGGAGCGUCGGAUACGUCGCGGCCAGGGUCAACGGAGUGACGGUAUACAGCUGCUACGCCUCACCCAAUAUGCCCCUAGCCGAAUUCCGGGCCCUACUCGACAGGCUUGAGUCGAGCGUACGACGGAAGGCAGGGGACGUCAUCGUCGCUGGGGACUUUAAUGCCAGAUCAGCAGCCUGGCGCGACUCAACUACGGACCCCAGAGGAGAGGAGCUGGCGGCUUUCGCGGACGGACUCGGCUUGGAGGUAGCGAACGUCGGGGACGGCCGCACCUUCACGGGGAGGGGCGCCGGGUCGAUAGUCGACGUCACCUUCUCGUCGCACGCGCUCCUUGGGAGGUUGGAUGGAUGGCGCGUCCUCCAGGAAGAAAACCUGAGUGACCACCGCUAUAUCGAGUUCCGGCUGCAGGACCGGAGGGGUCGCAGCACGCGCUACCCAGCAAACAGCGGUGGGUGGGCAGUCGGAAACGUCGACCCCGAAUGGAUCGCGGUGGGGCUGAUGCUAGCCGAAUGGACCGCACCGCUCGACGCGGAGCACCUCGGGCCAGAAGAAAUCGCGGAAGAACUAGAGAGGGGGGUGACGCUGGCCUGUGACCUGGCCCUCAAACCGAAGCCAAAAACAUCAUCGUCAAGGAGACCCGUCCCGUGGUGGAACCAGGAGAUAGCGGAGGUCAGAGCCGCAUGCGUGAGGUCCAGGCGAGCGUUCACCCGCGCCCGUCGGCGGGGACAAGGGGAAGCUGAAGCCGUGCUAUACAAGGAGGCCAGGAAGACCCUGAACAGCGCCAUCAGGAGGCACAAGGAAAAGUGCUGGGCGGAUCUGGUGAAGUCCGUGGACGGUGACCCCUGGGGCAAGCCCUACAAAAUAGUAAUGAGGAGAUUGCAGGGCCCCCCAGCGCCCAAUAGGAUGGAGCCGGACACGCUGUCCGAAGUGGUAGACGGUCUCUUCCCGGAGCACCCGCCGCUGAUCAGGGGCAACCCUUUCGGAGACGUGGAGGUCCAGAACUUCAGCGCGGAGGAAGUGACCGCCGUCGUCAACAAAUUCAAGGCGAGAAACAAGGCGCCAGGCCCGGACAACAUCCCGAGCCGGAUAUGGGGAGUGGUUCACGCCGUCCGCCCGACCCUUCUGCCCGGGGUUUUCAACAAACUCCUCAGAGCGGGCACAUUUCCGGCGCUGUGGAAACGAGGCCGCCUCGCUCUGGUACGGAAAGGAGACAAGCCGGAGGGAGUCCCGUCGUCCUAUAGACCGCUCUGCCUUCUGAACGACAUCGGCAAGAUGCUGGAGGCGCUUCUGGUAACCAGACUCCAGGACCACCUGACCGAAGUGGGCGGCAUCUCGGAUGGGCAGUUCGGGUUCCGGAAGGGAAGGUCAACGGAAGACGCCGUGAAGAGGUUAGAGAGCGCGGUGCUGCCAGCGUGCAACCGGCAAGGCUACGGCUUGGCGGUCGGCCUGGACAUCAGGAACGCCUUCAACAGCGCCAGCUGGGUGAAGAUCCUCGAUGCUCUGGACGCCCUAGAAACACCGCCCUAUCUACGAAGGAUGGUCCGGUCGUACCUGAGCGAGAGGUGUAUUAUCAUCGGGACACCGGCGGCGGGCGUCAUCCGGAGGGAGGUGACGAGUGGAGUCCCGCAGGGGUCAGUCCUGGGCCCUCUUUUGUGGAACAUCAUGUUUGACGGGCUGCUGCGGGUACGGACCCCGCCGGGCACGACCACCAUCUGCUUCGCCGACGACACUCUCAUAGUGGCGGAAGCGGAUAGUAUUGGUGAGCUGGAAAGCAGGGCCAACGGGGCGCUCGAGACAGUGGCAAGGUGGGUCGCACGGGCCGGGCUGAGUCUGGCAGCGGACAAAACGGAGGCGGUGCUCUUCACGAAUCGUUAUAAAUACGCGGAGCCCGUCCUUAAGGUCAACGACGUGAGGACUCCGGUGAGGGAGAACAUGAGAUACCUUGGUCUAACAAUCGACCGCUCUCUCUCAUACCGGGAUCACAUCAAGCACGCGGCAGCGAAGGCCCAGAAGAUCAUGGCGGCCUUGUCUAGACUCAUGCCCAACCUGGGCGGCCCCAAGCAGGCCCGCAGACGGCUCCUGUGCAGCGUUGCCCACUCGGUGCUGCUCUACGGUGCGCCUGUAUGGGGCAACACGCUUCAGUACGUCCCCCCUAACAGAGUGGCGCUAACGAGCGUGCAGAGGAGGGUGGCGAUCAGGAGCAUCUGCGGGUAUCGGACAAUAAGUCACGCGGCCUCGAGCGUCCUGGCCGGCAUGCCUCCCGCCCACCUGCUGGCAGAGGAACGAGAAUUAGCGUACGAGAUCAGGCGUCAGGUCGGGCGCAAGCUUACUAAAGAAGAAACGGCGGCCAUCCGAAGGAGGACCAUGGAGGAAUGGAGACGCCACGUGGAAGAGGCAGAAGAAGGAGCAUGGACAAAGACCCUCAUAAAAAAUCUGGAGGAAUGGUGCGGUCGGCGUCACGGUUACGGUUACGGUUACGGGCAGACGUAUCAGCGACCGCGCGCGUGA